ACUAAAAUGUCAGCACUCCACCUUCUCUCCUCAUGGAACCAUGAACUUAUUAUAUUUUAAUGAAUUUUUGUUAUCAGUUUGGCUGUAGUUAGUUAUAUCAAUGAACCAGUGCUAAUGUGAGUCUCAUAGUGUAAUUGUUGUUGUUGCAGUUGGUGAUGGUGGUGGUAGUGUUGUAGUUGCUGUUUUAAUCAGAAAAGGUGCAGUAUGUACUAAGAAAUGACUUCUGCUCUAGUAUAUCAAAAUAAGCGGCAACAACUGGUAACAUUUUUAGUUUGAUUCGUCACAAAGAAUAGACCAACAUCCUGUGAGAAGCAGCAACUCAGGCAUUGGCAGAGAGACAUCACGACUCAUAAACACCCACAGACACAACAGCACAUAUACACACAUACAAAUAUAGAUAAAACAACUCAUACACACACACACACACGCUCAGGACACAAACACCACUGAGAAAUACAGAAACACACACGUACAGACAGAGAGACACAACAACACCCAUAGACACAAAGAACACACAAAAACGCAAAGAGACGCAACACAUACACACAUGUGCAUACGUACCCACAUACGCAUACACACACACAGCUAAGUUUGAUAAUUAACGAAGAAGACUCUUCAUCAUUAAUAUCACAAACCUUCCAAAGAAGCAAUUGAAAUAUUUCUACCUUUAACCCAAUGCAACACUCUGCCUUACACUAAUGUCGAUGACGUUGAUGAUGAUGAUGAGGAAGAUGAUCAUUAAGAAGACAAUAAUGAUGAUGAUGAUGAAGUACUGGGUUUAAUGCAAUUUGCAUUGGCGACUGAACAGUUCAGCAGAGAGAUACUGAGGUACACUUCCAAGAACACAACACACCAGACAUAAUUGCAAGGCAGUGAAGGAAUUACUGUAAUACAUUUAAGUGCAGUGAUGGGUGAUAACUUUGGAUAUAUUGAGGACCCUUCAGACACCAGCGUUGAAAAAGCUCCAAAGAAUGAAGAAAGCAAAACUGAAGAAGUCAGAAAGCGUUUUUCCAUCAUAGCCUAUAUCUCAUAUGAAGGAGAUGACUACAUCAAGGAUCACCCUGUCAAACCAGUGGAUGCUUUCAGCUGGAUAGUCCUACUUACAGCAUUCAUAUCGGUGACAAUAUGUACUGGUGUUAUCGGGUCACUUUCAGUGUUCUACGUGGAGUUUCUUCAUGCUUUCAGCAAUUCCAAAGCAGAAAUAGCCAUUGUACAUUCCCUUGCUAAUGGAAUGUAUGAUAUUGGAGGUGUGUUGGCUGGAAUUAUGAUUGACAGAAUAGGCUGUCGUGCUUCGAUGGUGGCUGGUGGACUUAUGACUGCAGUGUCUAUUGCUGUCAGUUUUUUUGCUAAAAGCAUCUAUUUUCUAAUAUUUUCCCUUGGAACCAUUUCUGCUCUAGGUUCAUCAAUUGUCAUGCUGAGCGGUAUGGUGCUUGUUGGUCAGCGUUUCGGUCCAGAACAUCCAAUUGGAACUGUUAUUGUCAGUGGGUCACAUCCAUCCGGUUUUGUACUCUUCCCUAUUUUCAUGCCUUAUCUCAUUGAAUCAUUUGGUUGGCGCGGAUCACUGUUACUGUUAUCAGCUAUUAGUUUACACAUCAUUCCCUUCGCACUUCUUGCUACUUACGGUUUACCAAAGAAGAAACGUCCCCCUAAGGAAGAAGGGAAUGAAAAAGUUUCAUUGAAAAAACAAUGCUCUGAAUGCUGUCCAUUUGAUAUGCAACUGUUUAAAACAGGACAUUUUCAAUUAUUUGCUUUGACAUCGGCCGUAACUUGGAGUGCCAAUUAUCUCAUCCAUCUUUUAAUCGUUGAUUUUGGUGAAAAUCGAGGGUACUCUUUAGUGGAAAGCUCAAGUCUAUUGACAACUUUAGGAGUUGCAGCAAUUAUAUCACGAUUUUUGGCUCUUUUAGUUAAAACAGUUAACAAAUUUUCAAACAUUGCAAUGUUUAUAUUCUUUUGUGCAGCUGCUACAAUCCUACAUGGGUGUAUUCCCCUCAGUAACAGCUUUUAUAGUCUGAUGGCAAUGGUUGCAACGGUUGGGAUUAUAUUUGGUCUACGCUUCAGUUACUUCAUGUUGUCUUUGAUUGACUUAGUGCCAAUGGAAAAAUAUUCACAGGCACUUGGGUACACUCUCAGUCUGUGGGGAAUUUCUGUAGCCCUUUUGGGACCAAUUGUUGGUGAAGUUAGUUCUUUGACCGGUAGCUAUGACUUUAGCUACUACUGUGGAGGUGUUGUUGGUGGUUUGGCCUUGAUACCAAUUUCAGUGUAUAUCUAUUUUAAUGGCUGGCCUCUGAAGUUGGACAAAUGUGACUCUUUGACAGAAGAAAGGGCUGUUUAAUGAACCCAGCAAUGUUGUUGCUAUGCUUUAAACCCAUUUACUCAAACUUCCUGGUAACAUCAUUUACAUAUCACUUUUAUAUAUGUACACGUGUGCAUAUACAUUCAUUAGAUAUAAACUGUGAGAGAUAUUUUUCAAAUCUGACAAUCAAAAUACAUGCAAGAUUCAAGUUGAGUAUCAGAUAACCUGUGUCUGUUGGUAGCCCAGUUCUCAAUAAUUAGCUCUAUUGACCCGUAUAGUGCGACCUCUAUAUGCAUAUUUUGAUAACUUGGUGCCAAUUCUUACUCAAAUCACAUCUUAUAUAAGGAAAGUACAAAUUAGAUAAUGUAGGUAGUUCUAAAAAGAUGGAAUGGUCAUGGCUGAAAUACUUUUCAUUGUAAGUCUUUUCAAGCAAAGUUAACCUGGGGCUAAACAGCCAUGUCUCAAAGAAAUUUAAAGGUUUGUGCUGACAAGUGCUGCUCAUAUCCUUAGAAAAACCCUAUCAAUUUAAAUGUCUGUGUUGCAAUAUAUGGAGGUAUUUCACUAUUGUUCCACCUCUUCCCCUCCCCAAGCUUUCACUUAUAUUUCAACAUCUCUGAACCUUCACUUGCCCUAGGGUGCAGUGAGUGUCUCAGUAAAUGAUUACAACAAACAUGCAGGUUAAAAGCAAAUAAAGGUGAUACUCAUAAUAGUACUAGUUACAAUUAAUAGUGAUUACACCAGCAGCCACACAGGAUUAACCAGCUCUCAAAUGAUUAGAAAUCUACUCUCUCUAUCACCAAUAUUUCUAAUAUACCCGAUCUUUAUAAUAAUGGUGUUACACUAAUUCCCACUGUAUACACCACCUUUAAAUCCACUCACAAGGCUUUGGCUGGCCUAGGAUUGUAAUAGAAGACACUCGACUUUAUACCAAGUGUCAAAGGCUGAAGUAUGACAAACACAUAACUGACAGUUAUAGCCAGUUUAACUGAGAGUAAUGAGUAAAUGGGAACUUCUAUAUGGUCAUCUGGAUAGCUAGAAAUAGCAGCCUAAAUCUCCCUCAGUUAACAUUCUAGCUUCCAAAAUCAAGAAAGCUACAUGGAACAAUGUUGUUUCUGAUGUCUAUGAUUAGAAUAUGUUUGAUCAUAAGCCUGCUCAAUUAGAGAAGUUAGUGUCUUGACCUUUGAUACAGUGAGAUGAUGAUUUCCUGCUACCAGCUGGUGAACUUGCAAUGGUAGGUCGAUCACCAGUUAAACUAUUUCAUAUGGCCAGCAUUUAAGUUGUGUGUAUGAAUGUGUUUGCACAUGAGUGAUUACAUAUUGUGAUGUUAAUCUGUUACAAAAUAUCUUGAGAAUGGCAGUGUGAAAACAGUUGUUACUAUGGUGAAAACAGUUGUUAUUAUAGAAAUAUCUAAAUUAUAUUCUGAAUAAAUAACUUAUUUACUACAAAA